AUGGAGUACAAGCAGAGGGUCCGGCGCCAUAUUAAAGCGGCCAGGAGGGCAGAGCUCAACUUCAUGAUGCACCUGGUGGCGGCCAAUGACCUCGUUAACUUCCUCAAAUGGGACGUGUGUAGAGUGGCUGCAUCAAAAGAAGAGCCUGUGGCUGCCGCAGUGAAAGGUGAGCGUAUGGAGAUGGCUGCUAAGUACGGGGAAGUGCUGGAGAGCGUGAAGGAGAAGUUCAAGAGGAAGGAGGCGGAGAUCACGGUGGAGAUUCACCUGCAGGAGCGAAUAGCGAACCUCCAGCUCCUAGAGGAUCUCUCUGCGGGCAAGAAUACCAUUUCAAGAGAAAUGAGAGGCUCAUUGCGGAACACCCGGCUGUGGAGCAGGCCUUGGUGGACGUGA